GGAGGCGGUGCGGCUUAUAUACGGGCAGCGACCAGCCCGACCGGCACAGCGAGCCCCGCGGUGCCCGUCGCUCCGGAUCUGCAGCCCCGCUUCACGGCGCCCAUCGCUGCCGACCCGCCUGCUGGUCCCGCCUGCCCCAUGGCUGCCGACGCCCCCACCCAGUGGGUCCCGCUCCUUGCGGGGCUUGCGCUGCUCCUGGCCCGAGGCAGCCCCACCUCCGCCUGCAGCUGCGCCCCUCAGCACCCCCAGAGCGCCUACUGCCAGGCCGACCUCGUGCUCCGGGCCCGGUUCAUGGGGCUCUCACAGGCAUCCUCCAAUGCCAGCGCCUCCUAUGUCCGCUAUGAGAUCAAGACCAGCAAGGUGCUCAAAGGCCCAGUAUCUGGACAGGACCUGCGCUACCUGGAGACCCCAACCCUGGAGAGCCUGUGCGGGUACCAGCAUGCAGCCCCCCUGCGGGGGGAGGAAUAUGUUGUGGCUGCAUCCUUUGAGGAUGGUCGGGCCACAGUGACAUCAUGCUCCUUCAUCCAGCCAUGGGCAGAGCUGAGCCUUGGGCAGCACCGAGGCCUAAUGCAGGCCUAUGAGAAAGGCUGCCACUGCCAGGUACUGCCCUGCCAGGCGCUGCCGUGCACAGUGACCUCCGACUCCCAGUGCCUGUGGAUGGACAGGUUGAGCGGGCACGGCUGGCAGGGGACCCAGGCCCAGCGCUUUGCUUGCCUACCCCACUCCCGGUCCCCGCCAGGCCCCACCCCUGGCCUGCCCCUCUGCACCUGGCAGCUCCUGAAGGCCCGUGGGGCCCUGCCUGCCCAUCAGUGAUCCCUAACCUCUGCCCUGCUACUGGGUAAGCCCCCAAUAAAUGACCUCCGAGACCCAG